GAAAUUCGGGCAAAAGAAAGUCCCAGUUGAAAAAGUUUGAAUACCACUGCUGUAAUUUAUCAGCUGCUCCUGUAGGUUAUUGUUGUCUGUCUUUUCUCUGUCAACAGGAAGUUUGCAUCCCAGAUGCACCCUAUUCCUUAUUUAGUGCACUACUUUUGACAAGAGCCCCAUUGAGCUCUGAUGAAAACUGUUGCACUACAUAGAGAAUAGGGUGCCAUUUGGGACUAGGACAAUGAGACUAAUGUUUUGAUGGUGUUCCUGCGUGUGUGAAGUGUAUCAGGCAGUCCCUGUGUCCUGAGGAGUUCUCCAUGCAGAUUCUGGACUACAUGCAGAGUUGUGGUGCCCAACUAAAGAUGAGGAUGCUGAGCGCGCUGAUCACUUUAUGCAGACAGGGGAGCUAGGUAACACAGACAAGAUCAGCAAGGAGCUUAUGGGUUCUCUACGCAACAACACCUCAUCAAAUAUGUCUGAUGAGGAGCAGCGAGUGGUGAGUGAAAUACUCAACGUGUUGGUGUGUCUUGGUCCUGAAAGCCAUGAGAUCAUCGUGGAGCUCCUCACUCUACUGGCCCACAAAGAACUGGGACUACAGAAAACAGUGAUGUGCCUGCUGCAGGUGAUGGGCGUGGAGGAUGCUGACCCAUGGCUCGCCAUGGAGAUGGAUCCCUGGGACUCCAUGGUCCAGGACCUUCCUGAUUCCUGGAAGAGCCUGGGAGAGAUGGCUGCAGAGUGGCUGCAAUCCUGGACCUCAAAAUACAAGGGCCAGAACAGGUCUCUGUUCCUGAAGAAUGCAGGCAAGAACCUCUUCACCCCAGUGGAUGUGCUCAACUACUUCUGCUCUGUCAAAAGGGAUAUGUUUUUGAAGGCGCAGACUGUCCCACCAGAGGGGCGCAAAGACACAGUAUUGCGUCUCCCUGAAUCCUCCAGAUCUAAGCCAAUCCAUCGUCUUGGAGAGACCUACAGCAUGUCCAGGAUACGCAAGCCUCCAGGUGUGAUCUUGCCCCCUCUCCCAAACCGCCCUGUCCUCAUGGGCUUCAACCCGUUCCUCACCCUGCCCCUGCCGAGGGUAAGCCUGUCCCCCUUUCCAUUCCCUGUGGACCAGCACUGUUUGAAGGCCUCCCCGCGACGUUACUUCAUCCUGGAGCGCUCCUAUGUACACUACUAUAGAUGACACAGCCUCCCAGGCAGCAAGAUAUUAUUCCCCACACCCAAGACUUUUCCCUUUCCCCCGACAAAGUCCAGCCAAACAGAUAUACUCUUGUUUGAAUUAAACAUCUCUUGUAUAGAUCUUUUUUUAUUGUAUAUAUCUUGAUUCACUCAUUACAAAUAAAGUUUGAAUGACUGUAAACGGUCUGUAAAAAUUAAACUGUUGUGUGUUGUUCCAUGGACAACAUGGACGCGAUAUGAACUGAUAUGCCAGAGAUAUUUGGUUUAUUGUUUGCUUUAAUAUAAAAUAAGCUUAUAUUGCAGUUUGGAAAAUAUACAGUACUGUGCAAAAGUAUUAGGCAGGUGUGAAAAAACUCUGUAAAGUAAGAAUGCUUUCAAAAAUAG